CAUAAUAGCUAACAACCAUGGCAUUUGAUGGCACCUGGAAAAUAGAGAAGAGUGAAAACUAUGAAAAGUUCAUGGAAGUAAUGGGUAUUAAUUUAGUGAAGAGGAAGCUUGGAGCCCAUGACAACCUGAAGCUCACAAUCAAACAAGACGGAAACAAAUUCACCGUUCAAGAAAACAGCAAUUUCCGCAGCAUAGAGAUAGUGUUCACUUUGGGAGUGAAUUUUGACUACAGUUUAGCUGAUGGAACUGAACUCAAUGGGGCCUGGGACCUGAAAGGAAACCAACUAAUAGGCUCAUUCAACCGAAAGGAUAAUGGAAAGAAACUUGACGCACUCCGAGAACUUGUAGGAGACGAAAUGAUUCAGACUUACACCUACGAAGGAGUAAUAGCCAAAAGAUUCUUCAAGAAAGCAUAAACAACUAUUGGUGAAGACUGAAAACCAUCAGAAGAUCACUUGUGUUUUCUUUACAUUUUCUUACCCAAAUACAAAGUAGCUAAGUACUAAUAUUCAUUUAAGAUGUAUUUAUCUUUUAUGUACCAUAACAAUUUAGCUAAAUGGUAUCGCUGAGUAUGAAUAUAAAAUUUACUUUUUAUAAAUGGGAAAAAAUAAACCUUAUUUCUAUUCCAUAUUCUAUAAGA